UGGUGGUGCAUGUUGUUCGGACCCAACGACGUCAAUAGACGGAGAAUAGACUGAUUGAAACGAUACCCUGGGUUGACCAGAGAAAACCAUCGUUUUGGCAGUGGUGGUUGGGCUGGAAGUGCGUGCUGACUGACGCGUAUUCUUUUUCCGCAAGCUGUGCUACCCGCUACCCCAUGGUGGCAUGUAGAUCAUUUUUGAGUGCGGAUACAUGCAGCAUUGUUUUGAUCGCUCUAUGGCAUAUGUAGAUCUCCAAAGGUUCUACUCGUCAAGCUUUUUGAAGAGGGUGGUUUCACAUUCAUCUACAACAGUGUUGUUUGACUGUUGUUCUUCUGAAGGGGCCAAUCUGGGAGAAUACAUUGGCAUGGGCACCCGGCCAUCAACGCGCAUCGGCCAUGAACUUACCAGGUCUGGGAGUGUUAAGUCUUGACCCAAAUGUAUGUGGGGCCGUCGUGUGCCACUUGGGUGUGGAUCAGGCACGCGAGAUGGCAGAGAGGCCUUCCUUGAAGCCAAAGCCGCUUCAAGUGGCGCACCGGUCCAGCGAUUGGAGCGGGGCUUGAUUUGGUUCGCCUGAAUGAUGUGGAAAGUGGCAAGAGCAGCAUAAACCCGCUCAGGAGCUUCCUGCUUCCACCUUUUGCAAGACUGACCAUUGAGUUGGUGGCAUGCAUUGAUAUGGACAGGAAUAGCCCAAUUGGUAGCCCAUGCGUAGCCCAUGCGUAGCCCGGUGGACCGCAUCGCAAGGCAAACAUGUAUGACUGUAUAUGACUGUAUCAACUGUUCCAAGCAUAUCUAUUCGGAUGGUCGCAAAUGAACACAACUGUGCAUCCAGACCCUCCAAUAUUUAUCUAAUGAUCUGAUCUUGAUUGACAUCUCUGCAUGGAACCCAGGCGUGACAUCUAUGUGCCUGUCGUCUGAUGGAAAAUGGUGGAAAGGUGGUUUAACAUGGUUUGAUCAUUUUUCUGGUCAUUACGGGUAAAGCUGAACUUUGACCAUGUUUCUUUUCUCGCUAUGGCAUAUUCGCAAAAACAUUGAAACCAAUCAGGCGACUCCGCCACUCCAGGUAUUUGAUGGAUAAGAUCAGACGACAGAAAGAUCCGGACGUAUCACCAAGGAGAGUGUUGGGCUGUUGGGCAGCUGAGGAGGGAUCUGUGCCUUUGCACGGCACGCUGCCAAAGGAGCAGCAGCUCAAGGCCUUUGUGACGCCAGCGCGGGGCAACCGGAAGGUGGUGGUGGCCACGAACCUGGCGGAAGCCUCGGUCACCAUCGAUGGCAUUGUUUACGUGGUGGACAGCUGCCUGGUGAAGUUGGAUGCCUUUUGCCCCUUCAACGGCACCUCCUACCUCAACAUCACCGCCUGCUCCAAGGGCUCGGCUCGUCAGCGCUGCGGCCGCGCUGGCCGAACGCGCGCGGGACACUGCUUCAGGUUGCUCACUGAGUCCGCCUAUCACCAGUUGCACGAGCACACCCUGCCGGAAGUGCAGCGCUCGGAUCUCAAGGAUGUCGUGUUGACCCUGAAGUGCCUGGGUGUGGAUGACGUGGGUGCUUUCGAGUUUCCCACGCCGCCCGCGCGGGAGGCGUUGGAGGUGGCUCUGGAGGACCUUUAUGCCUUGGGAGCCAUCGAUGCAGAGGCACGAUUGGUGGAGCCUUUGGGGCUGCGCAUGGCACAUGGCCCCCUACCGGCACCCUUGAUGCGUCUGCUGCUCCUCUCGGUGGAGGAGCCACACCGCUGCGCGGCAGAGGCGUCCAUCGCCUGCGCGAUGCUGACGAUGCAGCCACCUUGGCUGCCCAGUCAGAACAAGGAUCGCUUGCUGAACUGCAAGGAGUCCUUCGCGGUGUACGAGGGAGACCUGGUCUCGGUGCUGAACAUCUAUCGGCAGUACGAAGUGUAUCGGGAGAAGGACCCCGAGUGGGCCAAGCGCCACCUGCUGAAUGCCAAGCUCUUGGACCGCGCGAUGAAGGUGAAGCAGCAGCUGGGGAUGUACCUGGCCAAGUUCAACCUACCAGAGGAGAGCUGUGGCAGCGAGGUGGAGCGUUUGCAGCGCGUGGCGUGUGCCUCACUCUUCCUCAACUCUGCCAGGCGCUUGCCCAACGGCACCUACCGGCUUUGCGGGGAAGCCCUCACUGACUACGCUGCAGUCUAUGCACAGGCGGCGGCGGUGGACUCUGCAGAGCUGGGAGAGAAGCUGACGGAGCUUUUGCAGGAGCCACGCCGCGGAGGUGAGCCCAAACGCCGGCGCUUGUCCAACAAGACACCUGCGCCCGUGGGCGUCCGUGAUCCGAUUGAGACCUGGCUUCCGCGGCUCCUGGCCGCCGGGCUGCCGCGGCUCUCGGGCGCCUUGGUGAAAGAUCACCGAGGCCUCUCGGUCCUGCCUCACCCACAUCGCAUGGAGAAGAAGAUCCUGACCUCCGGAGCGUGCCACCUCACCAUCUCGGGCAUCGCCUACCACACGAAGCGUGCCUGUGACAACUGCGAUCGCCCCAUCGAGGACCGAGUUUGGUUCGCAUGUGCUGAAGGUUGCGAGGUGGACUUCUGCUGCCAAUGCCACGAACAUCUUCAAACGCUCUUCGAGACCGGCGACGGCCAGCGCGCUGUCUGGGCCUCGCGCUUCGCGGCGCAGGUGGCCCAGCGGGCGCUACAGGCGCCAGCGGAGGAGCGUCAGGCCUUCAUCGAUAUCCUCGCUUUUGAUUGGCCACUCCAGAUGUUUCAGGACUUGGUCCGGGCCCUCGCUGAUGUGGCAGAUGCUCAGGUGGUUCACCUGCAGGAUGGAGCAGACAUGGAUGUGGCGGCCGACGCAGACUUCUGGCACCUGGUCGGCUUUCUACAGCUCCUGCGUUGUGCGAAUCAAAAACCAGCCAAGGAGAGGCGCUUUGGCGAGCUGAUGCUCCGUGGUCCGCGCGUGCCGGAGAGCCACUUCGUGCUGGGCGGCCUCGACAAGUGUGACGCCCAGGCAGAAUGGGAGCGCUGGAAACGGUACAAGGACCAUGUCCGCCCACCAGAAGAAGUAGUCUUGCAGGCAGAGUUCCAGGUGAGUGGCGCCUUUGCGCUCUUUCUGGUGCAGGGCCCCCUGGUGCCCCUCUCCUUCCGCGAGCGGUGCCUGGAGGCGGACUUGGAGGACCGGCUCGUACAGGUGAAACGACCCGUGCUCAGCUGCCAAGUGCCACGCCGGCCGCCACGGAGUUUGCGCCUGGGCGCCGCCAAAGCCUUGAGCCGCGUGGAUCAGCUGAAGCGCUUGGAGGCGCACUUCACACGGGAAAGGGGCCGCGGACUCGGCGUCAUGCGGGAGUUCUUGGCGCUUGCCAUGGAGGCCUUCAUGUCCGCCAAGAGUGGCAAGAACCUUGAGGAGGGUCAGGCGCUCUGGGACUAUGAUCCCAACACCAGGACCUUCUGGUUCUCCGAGCUCCCAGCUCCGCUCAGUGCCCAAUGUCAGAGCCUCUUCCGCGCUUGCGGCGUCCUUCUCGCGCAGGCAUUGCUCAAUGGCACGCGCUUGCAGGUCUCUUUCCCACCGCUUCUCUACAGCCUUCUCCUUCGGCACAUAGGCGCCUCCGCACCCCGACUGGGCCUCACAGACUUGGCCUCGCUCCGGCCAUCCUUGGCGAAGGGUCUUCAAGAGCUUCUCCAAUACGAGGGCUCGGAUGUGGGCGAGGUGUUUCCCUUGGACUGGCCCCGAGGACACGAGCUUUGCAGCAGUAAUCGAGCCGAACAUGUGGAAGCAUUUGUCGAGUGGUUCUUCACGGAGAAGUUCCGUUCGCAGCUGAAACCCUUCCUGGAUGGCUUCAAGGAUGUGCUCCACAGCUGCGACUUUUUGCAGACCUUGGUGAACGCCAGCCAGCUGGAGCAAAUCCUUUGCGGGGUGGAGGAGCCUCUAGACGUACAGCAGCUCAAGGUGAAAGCGAGAGUGGAAGGCUUUGAUCACGACUUCAAGGAGAUCUUCUGGUCCGUCCUCGAAUCCUUGGACGACGAGCAGAAGCGCCGCUUCGCCCUCUUCGUCUCGGCCUGUGACAGGAGGCCACCGGAAGGCUGGCAGCACUUCGAAUUGCAGGUCCAAAGGAACGGGGAGGACGACGAUCGGCUGCCCACCGUCGGGGGUGCUGAGUGCUUACACCUGCUUCACGCUUUUAUUGAUGCCACGCUAUUCCUCGGGCGAGGUCUUCCGCGAGCGCCUGCUGGCGGCGAUCACCGAGACGGAGGGCUUUGGGCUAAGCUGAGCAAGCUGAAUGGAGUGAGUGAGCGAGUGUUUUUUCUGCGCUGCGCGCCUGAGGAUAGAACAACUGGGGAUUUGGGUCGAAAGGAGCACAGUGAGUAG